AUGCGCAUCACGACCCUCCUCCAAACCGCCUCCCUGCUCUCCAGCGCACUGGCUGCGCCGCCCGUCACAACCAACAUCGCCCUCCUCAACACCCGCGACGUCGCUUACGUCCCCAAGAACCAAUCCAAAUGCAAAGGUUGGAACAACGUCCAGCUCGACUGGGACCAGUCCGUCUACGAGGUCUACAUCGGCCGCCCGUACCUCGGCGGCAAGAACUGCGAUCUCGUCCAGUCCAAGAUCGAAUCCACCGGCUUCCAAGUCGAAGCGAUGAGAUGCUCGGGCGUGCAGAAGAACGGCAAUACCAAGAUUACCAUCUUGAGUAAUAUGAAGAAGAAGAAUCUGGCGCUUGCUAAUGAGGCGAUGAGGGCUGCCUAUCCGGAGAUCCGAUUUUCCUGUCCUACCGAUAUGGAGAUUGGGAGUUAG